UGGUUAGCUGCGGGCGUCUGAACAAGUCUGGGCUGCAGUACUUUCACUCUGCUAAUAGCACAACCAAGGAGAUGAUUUUAUUUCUCUGCUUUUAGUCACUGAGAGGAUUUUUGCAGGCUGCACAGUUUUGAGGAGGGAAAAAGUCCGUUGGCAGAUGCAGGCGCAUCGCGCAGGAGUAGUUAGAUAAAAUUAAACUAUUUUCCAGAUAAAUAAAGGCUCAUUCAAGGGAAUCUGACAAAUCAUGCGUGACUAGGACAACGUCGUUGACGGCUUUCGCCUCGGUGACCAGUUUUGAGUGGAUUUGAAAAUGGGGUGUUUGCUGCAAUGGACUCUGCUGCUUGCUGUGCUGCUGUGUCUCCCAUCACGGUCUACAGCUCAAGGCCAGUGCAAUAAUGUUGUUGCAGCAGACAUUGUGUUCCUAGUAGAUGGAUCAUCCAGUAUUGGCCGGGCCAACUUUGUGUUGGUCAAGAAUUUCAUGUCAGGGAUUGUCAAACCCUUUACCAGAGUGGUAGGACCCAGUGGCAUCCGUUUCGGAACCAUACAGUACAGCGAUACUGCCAGGGUGGAGUUUACAUUUACUACAUACCUGAAUGGAACUGAGCUCAUAACUGCCAUAGAGAAUAUCAACUAUAAAGGUGGAAACACGCGGACUGGUGCUGGCCUCAAAUACAUCGCAGACAACUUCUUCAGCCCUUCCUCUAUCAGAGAUGUACCCAAGAUCACUAUUCUCAUUACUGAUGGUAAAUCUCAGGACAGUGUGAAGGAGCCUUCUCAAAAACUACGUAGCCUUGGAGUCAAAAUAUUUGCAGUGGGUAUAAAGAGUGCAGACCCAGCUGAGCUGAAGCUCAUUGCCUCUCCUCCUCAAAGUGAAUUCACCUCUCAGAUUGGGAAUUUCAAAGCUCUCAGCUCAUUGCUGCCCCUAGUGUCUCGACGUGUGUGUACAACAACUGGAGGCUCUUACUCAAGUGAUGAAGCCUACAGUGGUCCAUCAGACUUGCAGUUUUCAAGUGAGACCACCAAUUCACUGAGAUUUCAGUGGAAGUCUGCAGGAGGGCCUGUAAGUGGCUAUGUGGUCCAGUACAGGCCCCUAUCUGGCCUGGGUCAACCAAUAACAGCAGAGCUUCGACAGGAAACAAUACCAAGUGACCAGCAGAGCUAUACUGCACGAGAGCUGCGUUCAGGCACAGACUACCUGAUCACUGUUAUUGCUCAAUACCCAAGCAGCUUGGGAGAGUCAGUGUCUGGCAAGGCCCAAACAAAGCCUCUCCAAGUUGUGACUGCACUGCGACUGAUCCAGGCCGGGUUUUUUAAUCUGGCCUUGGGCUGGGACACUCCAGCUGACCAAGUACAGGGUUACAGAAUCACCUAUGGACCUAUAGGUCAGCCUGCUGCACAGCUGCUGGAACAAUCUGUGGGGGCAGAGUCUACUUCUCUGACUUUGGUCGGCCUUAAGUCAGACACAGAAUAUCUGAUCAGCUUGUACCCUCUGUUUCCCCGUAACAGUGCCUCACCCGCUACCCUGACUGCCCGCACAUUGCGUUUAGAGGGAGUGCAGCAGCUUUCUGUUGAGACUAUCUCGAACAGCAGUGUUCGAGUCCGCUGGACGGGAGUGGCGGGGGCCAGAGGAUAUAGAAUCGUUUUGGGCCCUUUCACAGGAAGUGAUGUGGAGACAAUAGAACUGGGAGGUGAUAGUGAAUCUCACACUCUGGGGAAUCUGAGACCAGAUGCAGAGUACAUUGUUACAGUCAUCACCCUGUACAGUGGAGAAGCCGAAGGACCAGCAGCCACUGCACUUUAAUACUUUUGGCUUUCAGAGCAACAGGUCCUGAGAGCCACGACUACGGGACCCACCAGCAUCAGAUUAAACUGGAACCUUAUUCAGGCCGCCAGAGGCUACCGACUGGAAUGGAAAGCCGG